AGGGCGGGGGAGCGGGCCCGACUCGCAGGACCGGGCCGGGGCCGCGCGGGCCGCGCCGUUGGGGAGCGGGCCCCGCGGGCCGGGCGGGGCGGGGGCCGCCGCGACCAUGUCGGACCAGGCGCCCAAAGUUCCGGAGGAGAUGUUCAGGGAGGUCAAGUACUACGCGGUGGGCGACAUCGACCCGCAGGUUAUUCAGCUUCUGAAAGCUGGAAAAGCUAAGGAAGUGUCGUACAAUGCGCUGGCCUCACACAUAAUUUCAGAAGACGGGGACAACCCGGAGGUGGGAGAAGCUCGGGAAGUCUUCGAUUUACCUGUCGUAAAGCCUUCUUGGGUGAUUUUGUCCGUUCAGUGUGGAGCUCUCCUGCCAGUAAAUGGUUUUUCUCCAGAGUCGUGUCAGAUUUUUUUUGGAAUCACUGCCUGCCUCUCUCAGGUGUCACCUGAAGACAGAAGCGCGCUAUGGGCGAUGCUCACUUUCCACGGCGGGGGCUGCCAGCUGAACCUCAACAGGAAGUGCACACACUUGGUCGUUCCCGAGCCGAAGGGGGAGAAAUAUGAAUGUGCUUUAAAGAGAGCAGGUAUUAAGAUCGUGACCCCCGACUGGGUCCUGGACUGCAUAUCUGAGAAGACCAAAAAGGACGAAGCACUUUAUCACCCCCGGCUCAUUAUUUAUGAAGAGGAAGAAGAGGAGGAAGAGGAGGAGGAGGAGGCAGAAAAUGAGGAGCAGGGUUCCCAGAACGAGGGCAGCACAGAUGAGAAGUCGAGCCCUCCCAGUUCCCAGGAAGGCUCUCCUCCUGGGGACCGACAGUUCUCACCCAAAUCAAACACUGACAAGUCCAAAGGGGAACUGAUGUUUGACGAUUCAUCAGAUUCAUCACCUGAAAAACAGGAGAGAAAUUUAAACUGGACGCCGGCCGAAGUCCCCCAGUUAGCGGCAGUGAAGCGCAGGCUGCCUCCUGGCAAGGAGCCCGGCUUGAUUAACUUGUGCGCCAACGUGCCGCCCGUUCCGGGGAGCAUCCUGCCUCCCGAGGUGCGCGGUAACCUCAUGGCCUCGGGACAGAACCUCCAAAGUUCUGAAAGAUCAGAGAUGAUGGCUUCUUGGAGUCCAGCUGUGCGGACACUGAGAAAUAUCACUAAUAAUGCUGACAUUCAGCAGAUUAACCGACCGUCCAACGUAGCACACAUCUUGCAGUCCCUCUCAGCACCUACGAAAACCUUGGAGCCGCAGGUGAACCACAGCCAGCAGGGCCACGCGAGCGCGGUGCUGUUAGGGCAGGUGAAGGCGACUCCUGAGCCGCAUGUGCCACCGCCGCAGCCGCACCCGGUGCUGCACCUGCCGCCCCAGCAGAUCGUGCAGCUGCAGCCGCCACCGCCGCAUGCGGCCCCGCAGCCUUACCCCCCGCCGCCGCCACACCUGUUCCCGCAGCCACCGCCGCCCCGGCCGCCGCCACCGGCCCUGCAGCAGCAGCUGCACCAGCUGCAGCAGCACCAGCUGGCCCAGCUGCACCAGCAGCAACUCCAGCGCCUGCACCAGCCGCCGCCGCCGCCGCCCCUGCAGGGCCCGGCGCCCCCACCGCAGCCCCCACCGCAGCCCCCGCACGUGCAGCCCCAGCUGUUUGGACACGACCCGGCAGUGGACAUUCCAGAAGAAGGCUUCUUACUGGGCUGCGUGUUUGCAGUUGCAGACUACCCAGAGCAGAUGUCUGACAGACAGCUGCUGGCCACCUGGAAAAGGAUAAUCCGGGCGCACGGCGGCACUGUGGACCCCACGCUCUCCAGCCGCUGCACGCACCUCCUCUGUGAGAGCCAGGUCAGCGGGCUGUUCGCACAGGCGAUGAAGGAGCGACGGCGGUGCGUCACGGCGCACUGGCUGAACGCUGUCCUCAAGAAGAAGCAGAUGGUGCCGCCGCACCGGGCGCUGCACUUCCCGGUGGCCUUCCCCCCGGGCGGGAAGCCCUGCUCCCAGCACAUUAUCUCCGUAACUGGGUUUGUCGACAGCGACAGGGAUGACCUCAAGUUAAUGGCCUACCUAGCCGGCGCCAGGUACACAGGCUACCUGUGUCGCAGCAACACGGUCCUCAUCUGCAAGGAACCCACCGGUUUAAAGUAUGAGAAAGCCAGAGAGUGGAGGAUCCCGUGUGUGAACGCCCAGUGGCUGGGAGACAUCCUCCUCGGGAACUUCGAGGCCCUGCGGCAGAUCCAGUACGGCCGCUACACGGCCUUCAACCUGCAGGACCCCUUUGCCCCGACGCCGCACCUGGUGUUGAACCUGCUAGAUGCUUGGAGAGUGCCAUUGAAGGUGUCACCAGAGCUGCUGACGGGCGUAAGGCUGCCUCCCAAACUGAAACAGAAUGAAGUAACUAACAUCCAGCCUUCUUCCAAAAGAGCCAGAAUUGAAGAUAUACCACCACCCACCAAAAAGUUAACGCCAGAAUUGACCCCUUUUGUGCUUUUCACUGGAUUUGAGCCUGUUCAAGUUCAACAGUAUAUUAAGAAGCUCUACAUCCUUGGCGGGGAGGUCGCCGAGUCUGCGCAGAAGUGCACCCACCUCAUCGCCAGCAAGGUGACACGCACGGUGAAGUUCCUGACGGCCGUGUCCGUGGUGAAGCACAUCGUGACUCCGGAGUGGCUGGAGGAGUGCUUCCGGUGCCAGAAGUUCAUUGAUGAGCAGAACUACCUCCUCCGAGACGCUGAGGCUGAGGUGUUGUUCUCCUUCAGUUUGGAAGAGUCCUUGAGGAGGGCACACGUCUCUCCGCUCUUUAAGGCGAAGUACUUUUACAUCACACCCGGCAUCUGCCCGAGCCUGGCGACCAUGAAGGCGAUCGUGGAGUGCGCGGGGGGCAGGGUGCUGUCCCGGCAGCCGUCCUUCCGGAGGCUCAUGGAGCACAAGCAGAACAAGAGUUUGUCAGAAAUAAUUUUAAUAUCCUGUGAAAAUGACCUCCACUUGUGUCGAGAGUACUUCGCCCGAGGCAUCGACGUCCACAACGCCGAGUUCGUCCUCACCGGAGUGCUGACGCAGACGCUGGACUACGAAUCGUAUAAGUUUAACUGAGGCACCUGCACUGCUGACCGGAGCUCAGACGCCCUUGUCUUCCAGCUAGUUUCUCCCCGUGCCGAGCGUUUUAAAGCAGGAAGACAAGCAUAAUAUACUGCAUCUUAUUAAGGUGUGCGAUUUUAUCCUGAAGAAACAUAAAUUAUGUUUUGUAUUAUACGACUUUAAGGGCCCACAUUAGGUUUUAUGAUUCAUUUGCCGGGUUUUUAAAUGUUUUCACAGCACUGUUACUGGAAUUUCAGCUACAAAUAAAAUGGUGUAAAUAAAGACCUCACUCUAAAUUAUGGAUAUUAGAUCUGAAAUGUUUUGUACUUUUAUUUGUAUUUCUUAUACUCUUUUCUUUUAUAUUGAUACCUUGCCACAUUUUAAAUAAAUGUACUUUUGAACUUUA